ACUCUAAGCAAGGCAAUCGGUACAUAACAUUCCCGUCUUUCCUGAUGUACUCACAGUAGUGAAUUACUAUAAAUUAAUCCACAUGCGCUUCUGCUCAUGGACAAGAAACAAGGACUGAUCCUUUCAGCGGGUUUCACUGGGCAUCUACUUUCUUUAUUUUUUCUAAUCGGUAAAUUUUACUGAUCAUCGCAUUGCAUCGUCCAACCUUUUUCCAUUAUAUCAUAAGAAGCGGACGCUGGUUUGUUCGUUUUUCCUGCAUUUAAUCUCGCUCGCAUAGUACUUUUGUUUUAUUUUCUUCCAUUCUCUUAUUGAAACGAUGCAACUUGAGGUUAACCCUUACGGCUACAUUCCUACCGAAUGGUUGGGUAUUCUUGGUAUCAUUCUUUUCAGUUUGGCGCUUAUAGCAGAAAUUGUCCAAAUUGUUAUGAUCCGUGACUUGUUACCAUUGGUACCACUCAUUGGAACAGUUGGCGAAAUUGUCGGAUGGAUCGGAAGACUGUACUCUCAUAGCCAUGUUUUCUCCAACAACUCGUUUUUGACAAACUUCAUUGCCUUGUGUAUUGCUCCGGUGUUUUACACUGCUCAGAUUUACACGACUUUGCAGUAUCUUGUUCGUAUUUACGGCCCGGACUUCUCCUGGUUGAGUCCCAAGCUCUACACGAUUGUGUUUGUUGGCAGCGACAUCAUUUCUUUGAUUGUUCAGGCUAUCGGAGGUGCCAUUGCCGGUUCCGCCGAUCAGGGUUCUUCAACAAUGAAGUUGGGUGGAAAUAUCACGCUUGCAGGUAUCUGUUUCCAACUUCUCAGUGUCAUGUGUUUCUUCAUUUUUGGUCUUGAUUUUGCUUCCCGUUAUCGUAAGCACAAGCCUUACCGUACUACCGUUGUUGCUGGAUCCCCCGAAGCCUCCGACCUGAACCCUGAACCUUCCAAGUCGCGCAAGGUGGGUUACCAGACCUUGUUUAUCUCUACCGUACUUGUCCUCAUCCGUUCUAUCUACCGUGUCAUUGAGCUUGGAGACGGUUGGGAUGGAUAUGUUAUUUCGCACGAGGUUUACUUCGCUGUCUUUGACUUCAUUCCCAUGUUUAUCACAGCCCUCUUGCUCUUGGGAACCGUCGGCCCAAUGCUUGAAGUUCGCAGAGGUGCCAAGCGUGGAGACGACUCUUUGGUGAACGCGAAUGACACUCAAUUCACUUACGUUUCCUCUGUUAACUCCAAGGAACUUAGCCGCAAUCCUUCCAGCAACCCUAUGGCACCGACCAUCGACGAGGAGAAGCAAGUAUAAUUCCGCCGUGACAUGAUCGAGUGUUCCCCUACCCUUGUGCAUCUUAUACCCCUUCAGUUGCGAAUGGCCUCUGUUCUUUUCAUUUACUCUUUCUUUUCAUAUGCUAUUCUAUACGCUAUUAUUCUAUGAUAUCAUAUGAUUAUAUAUACGUUGAAGUUUCAAGUUUUUUUAUGCAUUUCAGUUCAAUUGUUUCAGUUCAAGAAUAAUUAUUUGACCAUACAUGUCCUAGUUCAUUGUAUCAAAGCGGACGAACCGAAAUCGGUGGCAAAUGGACGGCAAUGGUCAUGGCAAUACGGAUUUCUCGUUAAUCAUCGGCAAUGGAGUACCUAACUAUCCAUUCUCAUUAACUACUCUGUAAUUCUUAUUUUUACACUGCAGUUGCUACUCUACCAGUUUAGCCGCUCGCUUAAUCGCAACGACGAAACCUUAAUUCGCUCAGGGAUUGUUCUCGCACAAGGGACUCAGUGUUUUACG